AUGUGUUAUAAGCAAAACGAGUAUCCACUGCCACCGGUUUCCGUCAUUUCAAAGAAUGACUUGCUACCUGACAUCAUGCGAUGUCAGCGGCAGGAACUUCCUGGAAACACGUUUCGAGCAAUUAAAGCGUUAACUAAGUUUGCACGUGUUCUGCCUAGUGUUGUAGAAGUAGGUGGCACUCAGGGCGUUAAGCCUAUCGAUGCAGUGGAUCCUCCACGUCUCCACUCCGCGCACUGCUCGGAAUCUCUAAGAAAAAUAGCGAAACCCCACCGUUGCUCCACACCACAACCCUCGAAUCACUUGCGUAAUCCACCAGACUUUUGCUUUCCCAGAUCGUACAUCGGAUUUUUACAUGUUGAGGCAUUGAUUCUUUCUUUCGUUGUUAAUCACAAGGGGGAGUUUCGUCCGAACUCGUGGUCGAUCCAAAUUCGUCCGUACCCCCGUUCCCCAAUGGCAAGUGGGAUCAAAGGUUCGAGGGCAGUCACGUUCUCAUUCAAAGAAGACUUGAUACACCUCCAAGAUGCCAUCGGUACACCAACGGUGUCGUGUUUGAGGAAUACGGAACUCACGGCAAGGCCACCUAUCGACGGGUCGUUUCCGCUUCUCAAUAAUAUUUCGCUGGUGACCGACCUCGAAAUUGAGGGAGGUUGUCAUCGUCCCAUCUCAACAUUCUGUGGCUGCGCAAUGGCAAAAAGCGAGCCUUACAGGAUCGAGUGCAUUGCUUUGCAGAUGGUGUAUCUGCUUUCCACUCCAUUUUAUGGCAAGGCUGUUACCCUGGGCCGCGGCGGCAAUGAUCCAGACCAGUGGCUCACGGCAACUCUGGGAUACCCCACUUAG